AAACACCUUGCGGUAGGAGGAGGCGCACAGGUAGUGCUCCGAGCCGAAGCUCAUGGUGCUGGGACCAGGGCCGGGAGAGCGGCUGCGGCUGAAGGUCCAGAGGAGAGAAGAGAAUUCAGCAUACAAUUGAAAUAAAAUGUCAACCUCCUGGAGUGAUCGGUUACAGAAUGCAGCGGAUAUGCCUGCUAACAUGGAUAAGCAUGCCCUGAAAAAGUAUCGGCGAGAAGCCUAUCAUCGGGUGUUUGUGAACCGAAGUUUAGCCAUGGAAAAAAUAAAGUGUUUUGGUUUUGAUAUGGAUUACACACUUGCUGUGUACAAGUCCCCGGAGUAUGAGUCUCUUGGCUUUGAGCUUACUGUGGAGAGAUUAGUUUCUAUUGGCUAUCCUCAGGAGCUGCUCAGCUUUGCUUAUGAUUCUACAUUCCCUACCAGGGGACUUGUCUUUGAUACACUAUAUGGAAAUCUUUUGAAAGUUGAUGCCUAUGGAAACCUCUUGGUCUGUGCACAUGGAUUUAACUUCAUAAGAGGUUCUCAGGUAGCUGCUCAGAAGAGACCAGAAACUAGAGAGCAGUAUCCAAAUAAAUUUAUCCAGCGGGAUGACACUGAAAGAUUUUACAUUCUGAACACACUGUUCAACCUACCAGAGACCUACCUGUUGGCUUGCCUAGUAGAUUUUUUUACUAAUUGUCCUAGAUAUACCAGCUGUGAAACAGGAUUUAAAGAUGGGGACCUCUUCAUGUCUUACCGGAGUAUGUUCCAGGAUGUAAGAGAUGCUGUUGACUGGGUUCAUUACAAGGGCUCCCUUAAGGAAAAGACAGUUGAAAAUCUUGAGAAGUAUGUAGUCAAAGAUGGAAAACUGCCUUUGCUUUUGAGUCGAAUGAAGGAAGUAGGGAAAGUGUUUCUUGCCACCAACAGUGACUAUAAAUACACAGAUAAAAUUAUGACUUACCUGUUCGAUUUCCCACAUGGCCCCAAGCCUGGGAGCUCCCAUCGACCAUGGCAGUCCUACUUUGACCUGAUCUUGGUGGAUGCACGGAAGCCGCUCUUUUUUGGAGAAGGCACAGUACUGCGUCAGGUGGACACAAAAACUGGCAAGCUGAAAAUUGGUACCUACACAGGCCCCUUACAACAUGGCAUCGUCUACUCAGGAGGUUCAUCUGAUACAGUGUGUGAUCUCUUGGGAGCUAAGGGCAAGGACAUUUUAUAUAUCGGAGAUCACAUUUUUGGGGACAUUUUAAAAUCAAAGAAACGACAAGGGUGGCGAACUUUCUUGGUGAUUCCUGAACUUGCACAGGAGCUGCACGUCUGGACUGAUAAGAGCUCACUUUUCGAAGAGCUUCAGAGCUUGGAUAUUUUCUUGGCUGAACUCUACAAGCACCUUGAUAGCAGCAGCAAUGAGCGCCCUGACAUUAGUUCCAUCCAGAGACGUAUUAAGAAAGUAACACAUGACAUGGACAUGUGCUAUGGGAUGAUGGGGAGCCUGUUCCGCAGCGGCUCCCGACAGACCCUCUUCGCCAGCCAGGUGAUGCGGUACGCUGACCUCUAUGCAGCCUCCUUCAUCAACCUGCUCUAUUACCCCUUCAGCUACCUCUUCAGAGCUGCCCACGUCUUGAUGCCUCAUGAAUCAACGGUGGAACAUACACAUGUAGAUAUUAAUGAGAUGGAGUCCCCUCUUGCUACCCGGAACCGCACAUCAGUUGAUUUCAAAGAUAGUGAUUACAAGCGGCACCAGUUGACCCGGUCGAUUAGUGAAAUUAAACCCCCCAACCUCUUCCCACUGGCCCCCCAGGAAAUUACACACUGCCAUGAUGAAGAUGAUGAUGAAGAGGAGGAAGAAGAGGAAGAAUAAGGAGGAAAACCAAAACUGAGCAUCCAUUAAACACGUUUUGGCAGGACUUCCAGGAGCAAAGGAUAUCCCUGUUUGCGUUCUAGUGGUGGGUGGGGGAGCUCCAUCAAAGGUACAUGUGCGAAGUUUCUGAAGACCUUAAAAUAUUCUAAUCAUAGAGAGAUACUUUUUAGUAGUUUUGUUUGUCUACACUCUGCAGAUGGUUCACAAUUGUAAUGGAGUCUGUAUUAGAGGAAAGCAAGGGUAAAGCCGGGCUGAACUGCAUGCAGAAGGCUCCGUUGUGGCUUAUGACACCAUUUCCUUGUCUGGUUUCAUCCUCAGUAUAUAUUGGAUAUACCAGGGCUAGUGAAGAGUAUCUGAGUGGAACGAAGAGGUGAUCUGAAAAUGAUAUGUUACAAAUUGUGCUCUUACUCCAAAGUCCAUCCUGAAAUUUUCAGUGCAUUACACAGUAUUGUAUGUCAAUGGAGAAAUAUAUUGUUUCCAUUACCAAAUGCGGUCUUCUGUUAAGGUCAAGGUUCCGUUUACAAGCUUUGAAGUGUCCUCAGUGCCUGGGGGCAGACUGCAGGCUUCAGUGGUCUUGCACAAGUGUUUGGUUUGCUAUAGGGCUUGCCUGGAAUGCACUGCAGUGAUUCUGUCUUGAGGUAAAAGUCUUCAUCUAAUCUUACAUUUUUUUGAUAGUAGAAAUGCUUGUUAUCCAAAAGCGGUCUUUUUCUUAUCUGGAGUGAAUCUAGAGAAAGAAUUCAGCUGAAAGAGGACAAAGGAGCAAGCCCCGUGAAAGAGCAUAACUGAGUAAAGUCAUUAGCGUGGGCCAGUGUGGCUCGUGCCGCCCAGACUUCCGGCCUUCCCUGUCCUCUAGAGUGGACUGUAUUCCACAGUCAAGCAUGAGAUGAUGGGAAGAGGGUUCUAUCAGUCAGAACCUUACUAAAGCAGAGGGCACAAUCAUGUGAAUAAAUGCACUUCAGAAUCCCAAGAGAAAUCACUUGUUAUUUUGAACAAGAAGGGAUUGUUACUGUGUCCUAGAGGGUACCGGGCUGCCUCGCCGUCGGCAGAGUGGCUAUAGCGGUUUGAAUAGUGCAGACUUUCCCUUUAACCUUUAUAUAUUCCUUCCAUUCUUCCUGGUGAACACAGAAGGUAGAUUAGUUGCUCUAGAAUUCAAUAAAGCAUAUUUCUAAUACUGA